CUGUUACCCUCCUCCCUACUGUUUCAAUCCUCACACAAAGAGCAAAAUGUCUCCCACAGCUGUAUCCCCCGCGGCACCACCCACAAACGGGAAAUCGACGUCGUCCAAGCAGAUCCCCGCCUGGGUCACCCCAGACCUCACACGUCUUCUCCGCGUCGAGCUCCUCCCUGGAGACUUCGCCAGCCGCGCCAUCUCCCUCGUCACCCUCCCCGCCGGCGCACUCUUCGCUCGCAUAUCGAACCCCACGCCAGCCACCUGCGCGUACACAUCCGUGCAGGCCGGCCGCGACCUGCACAUCGAGCUGAACUGCGACCUGGUGUACAUCAACCACUCUUGUACGCCGACAGUCAUUUUCGACAUGGAGAAGUGGGAGGUUAGGGUCAACCCGGAGCUCGAGGGGGGGCUGAAGGAGGGGGACGAGUUGUCGUUCUUCUACCCAAGUACUGAGUGGCAUAUGUCGCAGCCGUUCGAUUGCUUAUGCAAGACGAAGGAGUGUAGGGGGCGCAUUGCGGGCGCGAAGGAUACGGAUCCUGCUGUGCUGGAGAAGUACCGGCUCAACGCGCAUAUUGAGGAGUUGUUGAGGGAGAAGAGCGAGGGGGCCAGGAAUGGCUCGUAGGGAUGGGAGUGUGCUAAAUCACCGCCUGUGACGCUCCGCAGUUAUGCAAUUGCUGAAUUUCCUCUGGCUUUGCACUCCAUGUUGUUCAUCUUUCAAUACCGCUCUCAUCGGAUUU